AUGUUCAGUAGUGUGGACCUCUGUGCCUCUGUCCUAAUUGUAGGAUGCUGGGGCAGGAACCAGGAGGAACGGCUCAUUCGUCACUUGUUUCACGAACGUCCCUACCACAAGGAGCUUCGGCCUGUGGAACAAAGAGAGGACACUGUGAUAGUCUAUUUGGCCCUCACUCUUUCCAAUCUGAUUUCACUGAAAGAGGUGGAUGAAACACUGCUCAGCAAUGUAUGGAUGGAACAUAGCUGGUAUGACAACAGGCUUUCCUGGAACAUCACUGAAUUUGAUGGCAUUAAGAUCCUGCGUCUUCCACCACAAAUGGUGUGGCUGCCAGAGUUUGUUCUGGAAAACAACAAUGAUGCCCAGUUCCAGGUGGCAUAUUACUGCAAUGUGCUGGUGUACCCUGAUGGGUAUGUCACCUGGCAGCCCCCUGCCAUCUACCGUAGUUCCUGCACCAUCAACGUCAACUACUUCCCCUUCGACUGGCAGAACUGCACCCUGAAGUUCAGCUUCCUGACCUACAACGCCAAAGAGAUCAGCAUGAAUCUGAAAGUUGAUAAAGAUGUUAAGACGAAUAGGACCUACAAAGUGGAGUGGAUCGUCAUCGAUCCUGCAGCCUUCACAGAGAAUGGGGAGUGGGAGAUCAUUCACAAGCCAGCACGGAAAAACACAUACAAGGACAUCCCAUUGGACAGCAACAAGCAUCAGGACAUCACCUUCUACCUCAUCAUCAAGCGCAAGCCCCUCUUCUAUGUUGUCAACAUCAUUGUCCCCUGUGUGCUCAUCUCCUUCAUGGCCUCUCUUGUGUACUACCUCCCAGCUGACAGUGGGGAAAAGAUGACCCUCUCCAUCUCUGUACUCCUGGCUCAGUCUGUCUUCCUGUUGUUGAUCUCACAGCGUCUGCCUCAAACCUACAUGGCCAUUCCUCUCAUUGUCAAAUAUCUCAUGUUCAUUAUGGUUCUGGUCACAAUCGUGGUCCUCAACUGUGUUGUUGUGCUCAAUCUUCACUUCCGAACGUCCAGCACCCACCUGAUGUCAGAAUGGACCAAAGAGUUCUUCCUGGAGAGGCUGCCCCGCCUCCUGCACAUGUCCCGUCCAAUGGAAAGUGAGCCCACCUGGGAGGGGAUGGCCCUCCCCCGUCGCUCUAGCUCCUUGGGUUACAUCGCCAAGGCAGAGGAGUACUACACCAUCAAGGCCCGCAGUGAGCUGAUGUUUGAGAAGCAGUCUGAGAGGCAUGGGCUUGCCACCCGGACCACACCCGCUGCAGUGAAAGCAGCCAGUAGUGAUGGUGUGGCCAGUGAGCAGCUGUAUGCUGAAAUGAAGCCUGCUGUGGAAGGGGCAAAUUACAUUGUGAAGCACAUGCAUGACAAAAACGACUACAGCGAGGAGAAGGACAACUGGAGUGGCAUCGCCAGGACAGUUGACCGCCUCUGCCUCUUCCUUGUAACGCCAGUCAUGACAGUGGGCACCAUUGUCAUAUUCCUAAUGGGCAUAUAUAAUCAUCCACCUCCACUGCCCUUCGAAGGAGAUCCCUACAACUACCUGGAGGAGAAUAAACGCUUCAUUGGCUGA